AUUGAAGAAAUGUGGAGCUUCUUUGUGGAGCUUCACGUAUUAAAUAAUUUAAUACACAACAGUUGUUGUUCUGUCCGGUUUAACAAGGUCCGGUUCGGUCCGAUAGGAACUUCUUUUAGCCCGUAAACGGAAGCUAAUGUCGCUGCUUGCCGAGUCCACCGUGGAGCCACCGGACGGUUUAAAUCUCCUUGCGAUCCCAAAACUAGCUAACGAUAGUUAGCUAACCGCUGCUAGCUUCACGAAGCUCCGCUUACACGCACGUCGGUACCGGGAAUCGGUCUUGGAUUUACCCCCCCCCCCCUGCUGGUAGCUAGCAGCCGUUCCGUGUGUUUGGGGUGGGGGGGUAAAGUUAGCAGAGCUAGCCGAGCGUGAUGGCGACGUGACUCAGUGGAGCUGAGAGGAGCGGGAACACACGUCCGGUUCCCCCGCGGGUCCGUUAGUGAAACCGGCGACACCGCGUUCAGCCGCAGCAACCAAAUGUUCCACUAUCUUCCGAGCUGGACCUCCUCAAAUUGACGUGAAGAUGAAGGCAGCAGACGAGCCCCCCUACCUGACCGUGGGGACGGACGUCAGUGCCAAAUACAGAGGAGCCUUCUGUGAGGCCAAGAUCAAGACGGUGAAGCGCAUGGUGAAAGUGAAGGUGAACCUGAAAGGCGAAAGUACGACUCAGGUGGUCCAGGAUGACCAGGUGAAAGGAGCUCUGAGGGUGGGCUCCACGGUGGAGGUGAAGACUAACGAGGGUUUGUCGAGCGAGGCCGUCAUCAGUAAGCUGACGGAUGCCAGCCUCUACACUGUGGUGUUCGAUGACGGAGACGAGAAGACUCUUCGGAGGACGUCCCUGUGUCUGAAGGGAGAGAGACACUUUGCAGAGAGUGAGACUUUGGACCAGCUGCCUCUCACUAACCCAGAACAUUUUGGUACUCCGGUCAUCGGCAAGAAGUCAAACCGAGGAGGACGUCGCUCGUCUCAGGCUGUGGCUGAGGAGGAGAAUGAGUCCUCCUCCAGUGACGACGAGGACGACGACAGAAGACGACUCAACGAUGAACUUCUGGGGAAAAUCUGCAGCGUUGAGAGCGAAGAGGAGUCGAGUAGCUGGUACCUGGCUCUGGUGGUGUCUCCCAGCUGUAACGAGGAGCUGCAGGUGAAGAAGGACCAGUGUCUGGUCAGAGCCUUCAGUGACUCCAAAUUCUACACGGUGGCGAGGAGACACGUCCACACCUUCAUCUCCACCAGGUCGGAGUUCUCCAGCAGGAAAGGGUUUGAGGCGGCCCAGAUGUUCCUGAGGACAGGUGAAGUCCCUGACAUGUGGAAAAUGGACAUGAGUCAGAUUCUGGACUCCUCCUCCAGCGACGAUGAAGAGAAGGAGAGUGAGGAGGAGGACGAAGAGGAGACGAAGAAGAAGAAACGCAUAAAGGAGGAGCCGGAGGAGGAGGAGCCCGAUCCAGAGGAGAGAGACCGCUUCCUGCAGCAGCUCUAUAAGUUCAUGGAGGACCGAGGGACCCCCAUCAACAAGCCUCCCGUGUUGGGUUAUAAAGACCUGAACCUCUUCAAGCUUUUCAGACUGGUCUAUCGGCUGGGAGGCUGCCACAAGAUAGAGUCUGGUACCGUGUGGAAGCAGGUCUACGUGGAUCUGGGGAUCCCCGUCCUGAACUCUGCUGCCUCCUACAACGUCAAGACUGCCUACAAGAAGUAUCUGUACGGCUUUGAGGAGUACUGCCGCUCUGCCACCAUCACCUUCAGAACCAUCCAUCACAACAACCCCCGCCCUCCCACCACACUGGCCAACCAGAAGCAGGCAGGGGCGGAGCUUAGCCGCCCACCCGCCCUGCCAGAGAACGUGGACCCUGUCAAAGACGCGUUGGAGGAGGCAGAGAGUGAGAGCGAGGACGUGAAGGACAGACAGUCGUCUCCGAGGGGGAGGAGGAGGUGUGUUAGCAGUCAGCUGACUGCAGAGAGCGGUUCUCCCUCCACACCAGACAAAGGAGGAGAAGAUAACAGUGAGGAGCAGAGGGAGGUGAGGAGACGCAGCAACAGACGAAUGGACGACUCCGACAAGGGGUCUGAGGAAGAGGAGGAGGGGGAGGGCGAUGAUGAUGAUGUGGAGGACGACGAUGAUGAUGAUGAUGAUGACGACGAGGACGAGGAUGAGGAUGACGACGACGAUGAAAGAGGGAUGGCGAGAGAAGGCUGUGAGGAGGAGGAGGAGGAGGAGGGCGACUCUGUGACGGGGACGAAGGUGCGGGUGAAAUACGGCAGAGGGAAGACUCAGAAGAUCUACGAGGCUCACAUCAAGAAGACUGACUUGGACAAUGGAGAGCAGUUCUACCUGGUCCACUACUACGGCUGGAACGUCAGGUACGACGAGUGGGUGAAAGCCGACCGCCUCAUCUGGCCCCUGGAGAAAGGACGCCAGAAGAGACGGAGAAAGAAAGUUAAGAACAAAGAUGAGCCGGAGACAGAAAGAGAUGAAGACCAGCCUCCGUCAGCAGUGUUGAAGCCUCCGGGAGCCAAGCGGGGGCGACCCCAGACCGGGACGCCACCCGGUGGCUCAGCGGGACACAGCGUCUCUAAGACGCCGAGCAGCGAGGGGCGGUCCAACGGCCGGAGCAGCCGUACGGAGAUGCCUUCCAACAUGGCCAACGGAGACAACACUCCUCGCAGGAGAACCAGGAGGACGUCGGGUUUGUACGACUCCGAUCAAGCGUCUAACGAGGAUUCUGGGAACUCCUCAGACGACAGCGAAUCAGAAAGCCCGCCUGACAAAAAGCCGUCGCCACGGCAAGGGCGGACCGAAGGCCCGUCCUGUAAAGAGGAGGAGGGGAAGGGGGGGGAGGAGGAGGAGCCAGGUCAGGUUGCUGACGUUAAGACGGCCGCCAACAACAACACUGUCGCCACGGCAACAGCUGGUCAGACACCUGUUGCCAUGACACUGCAGCGCCCCAUCAUGCCUCAGGAGAAAACCGACAAACUCCUGAGCCAAUUAAAGAAGGAGGCGGAACAAAGGGAGGAGCCAACAGUAGAAGCUGCCAUGUUGCUGGUUCACCUGGACGAGGAGAUGUCGUCUGUCCAAGACUCUGACCACUUGUUUCCUGCACAGGAGGUGUUUAACAAGAGGCCUUCUCCUCACGCCAUCACGUCUCCUCCGGAUGCCAUCAGGGCGUUUCUUGAAGAGAAUGUGUCCUCUCCUCAGCCCGUCUCAGCAGAGGAGGAGGACAGCAGGUCCACUCCUCUGUCCUCUCCCAGGGUCAAAGGUCGCAGGGCCCUCAGGGAGACAGUCUCCGAAACUCCUCCCAGAAUCUUCCUCAGCACCUGCCCUGCCCACAAGGAGGUGUCUCCUCCUUGUAGCGUCCUGAAGAGACAGGACGAGCCCAUGGUGGUUCUCCACUGCCUUCCCACCCAGCGCCUCUCCCCCGAGUCUCCCACCGCAGAUUCUGACACUGACUCUGCCACCGAGGAGGAGGAGGAGAUUCCUGAGAAGAGGAGCAGCUCCACAUUAAAACGAAAGGCCGCAGAGCAGCGAGAAACUGACAAGAAGCUCCGUCCUGAAAGGAGACAGCUGGAGGCCCCUUGUCCCGAAACUCCCCCAGUCCCUUCCAAGAUGGCCUUAGGAGCUUCGCCCAAAGGACUCCCCUCUCCUCUCCACAGGGCGGAGUUAGAAAAAAGCGAGGGAGCGAUGAAGGCAGAAGACUGGCCCCGUCUAGAGGACACGCCGAAGGAGGGGUCAGAAGAGCUGCUGAUGGGCGGAGCCUCUAAAGAGUCAGAGGUGGUUCCUGGGACGCCUGCCCCAGACUCCUCCCCCGCUGAGGAGGUAGAAUUGCAGAUUGGUCCGGAGGCGCUGGUCUGCCAUGAGGUGGACCUGGACGACCCGGACGAGAAGGAGAAGCCAACCGCCCCGGAGCACCUCCUCCUGAUGAUUAGGGAGCAGCAACUAGCCCCGCCCCCUAAAAUCAUCCACGCCUCUCUGCCCUCCCCCCACCUCCCCCAACCUCAAGUCAUGCCCUUCUUGCCUGAACCUGCACCCUGCACCGCUCCUAGCCCCGAGGAGCUCCACCCCGCAAGGAGCACUGGUGGGGAGGAGAGAGGAGAGCUUCAGGGAGACUCCAGCCCCGGCUUUGAUGGCAGCGCCUCCUCCACCUUUGUGGUGUCUCUGCAGGAGAGUAAGGACAGAGGUCAGAAGCGGAUGCCGGACUGUAACUUGAGCCCAAUGGCCAAGAAACAGAAACGCAACCAGAAGAGACUCAGCACACCUGGGAAGGUGGAGAAGAACGGAGCAGGUAACAGCAGUGACAGUGAGGACCAGCCUCGUCUGUCCCAGAAGUCUCGUUUUGUUUUGUCUCCUUCGUCUCACAGCAAAGACAAACACACCUUCUCCCCCCAGAGGGCCUAUAAGUGGACCUUCCAGCUCGACGAGCUGGACAACAUGUCCAGCACAGAGAGGAUCUCCUUCCUGCAGGAGAAACUGCAGGAGAUCAGGAAGUACUACAUGACCCUGAAGUCGGAGGUGGCCUCCAUUGACAGGCGGAGAAAGAGACUAAAGAAGAAGGAGAGAGAAGUGUCCCACACCACGUCCUCCGGCUCCUCGGACACUGGCAUGAGUCCGUCCUCUGCAUCGCCCACUCAGAGCACCGUGGCCGUGGAGUGCAGGUGAUGACACGCCCAACGAUGAACUUAGACCCGCCCCUCUGACCUGGAGAGUUUAUCACAUGGCCCCGCCCCCUCACCAAGGAGGCAAAAAGAUCAGUCGUCUGUUCAGCCGGCACGGAAGACUCCUCCCCUAUCUCGGAAUUUCAAAGUAAAGUGACAGGUUGUUUGAGGUCACUGGUUUGAUAUCUUAAAGCAGAAAAUCUCAUUAUGCAAAAUUAGGUUUCCUGCUGUGAUUUUGUUUGUUAAAAAAAAAAGUCAGUUCGGUCACAUUUGAGGUAAUAUGCUUAUUUAUUCAGUACAUUUUUUAAAAUGGAAGAUUGAAAUAAACGUAUAAUUUAGUUGUUUACUUGUAACCUUUGGUAAACAUAUGAUUUAAGCUGAGUUAUGAGGAGCUACACUGAUUAGUGAAGGUUGAAAACUAAGUUCUGGUUUUAUAUUUGAUCUUCCGUACGCACCUCUCUUCUUCUGUGGUGCCUCAGACAGACGGCUGCUUCAUGGAUCUGUUUUGUAAAUACCAGCUCUGGGUACACGUGUGUUCGAGGACAUGGUUUUACAUCUUGUAAAGAAUGAUUUCUAAUAUUUUUAAGCGCAGGCUGUCCUAUAAUGAACUCCUUUUUUAUGUAAAUAUACUAAAACUGACCUGAGAACA